CUUUGGCCACAUUGCAAAACGUUUCCAAAAGAGCAACAACGCGUCGCGGCGUAGUAAAAGUUAAAAUAAAUAAAUUAAAUUAAUAAAUUUCUAUCGGCCGCUGCGUAACCCAACAUAGCACUCAGGUCACAAAUAGUGUCAGAGCGUCCCUUAAGUAAAAAUCGUUUUCGUUGUCUUCGUCAUGGCAAUUUUGUUGCUUUAGUGUGUGUGCGUGACUGUAAUUAAGCAAAAGUAUUAAGAAAAAGUUGCACAUUUUGCAAUCUGCCUGGUCGCUGCGAAAAUAGUGAGGUUGUCGCAGUAGCUGUUCCAGCUGCGUUUUGGGUGCACUUCCUUCUUUUUUCGGAUAUGCUACAUCAUUUGCAGCUGCUGCUACCAAGUUGUUGUUGUUGCUGAUAUCAACAUACCCGCACACCUCUCUCUCGUUAACUACCUUGAGUGCGAGAGAGGGCGAGGGCGAAAGAGUGCAAAGUUGAUGCCGUUCAACUAAGCUCGCCGUGUGGAUUCGUGCGUGUGUUUGUGUGCUUUAAUGGACGUCGACGGCCACAACAAAUUAGUUGCCAUAGUGUGAGUGCGCGGUAUUAGUCACUUUCGGUCUUGGCUUUUGUCUUUUUGUCAGCCGACCUCCACACGGCCCCCACCUCGCCCAUUGGAGCGCAUCACCAAGUCGGCCGCUCCGAAAAGCCAACUCUGCGGACCGCAUCAAAACGGAUCGAAUCUGGUCGAGUCAGGCCUCGUCAAAAGGCAACAUGACCAUUCCGUCGAGACCAGCGCCUGCACCGCCGGGUUCACGUGGCCAGAGCGCCGCUGCGGGAGCCAACGCUAGUCUGGAACAACUGCGCCUCCAGCUGCAGCAACAGCACUUGCAGCAGCAACAGGCGGGCGGAGGCCUCCAGAAGCUGACCAUCAAACUCCCGCCGCCUCCUAAGGGUCCCCUGCAGUCGCAGAAUUCUAUCCACAGGCGGAGCAACAACAUCAACAACAACAACGAGCAAACCGGAUCGAGCAUCACGCGGAAGUUCCCCCAGGCGCGCUACACGCCAGCCACCAACUGGGACGAUGAUCCUUUUGUUUCUAACGGGAAUGAUCGUUUCAAGAAGAUGGCACCGCCACGACCGCCGCCACCGAAGGUUUUGGUAAAUGGCCAGAAGAUGGCCGCAACCUCCACCUCAACGGCAGCGACGAACGGAGGCGGUAUCAAUCUCAUCUCGAACAUCUUCCACCGCAAGAAGUCAACGUCAACGGCAGUGGCCGCUGCUUCCAAGGCCGCGGCGCAGAAUCGUGUCUACGGUCUGAGCAGCGGUCAUUCCGAAGCGACAGCUACGGUCAGUGCCUGUGGCACUUCCGCGGCAAGCUACAAUGAUGGGGACUGGAAUGCCGCCUGGAACACGGCCACCACCGUCUCCACCACGACAACAAGCACCAACAACAGUAAGAGCCAUUACGCUUCCCAGCAGAUGAGCACGGUGACUGAAGGGGCGCUCAUCAGCUUUGACUCGCCACCAUCAUCUCCCACCUUCACCCAAAAGUCAAACAGCGACUGCGUGAGCGUGGACAGCUUCAGCUCGGACAGCAACUUCAGUUCUCCCAACAAUGGUAGCGUGUCACAACCGGAGAGUGGCUUUGAGGACGAUUAUCACCGAUCGCGCCCGUCCACACAGAGUCCGCUAGAUCCGUGGGAGGCGGUGGACACAUUUGGUCAUGUUGGCCCUGGUGUCGACAGCUUCGGCACAGCUCCUGUACGUCAGACAUAUCAAUCGGUGCAGUCUCGCAGCUCGGACAAUCCUCUCUGUAAUGGCAAGAGCCUGCUGCCACCUACCCAAUCGCUAACGAUGCCCACUAUCAUCAAACCGAAAAUAUCGGCUAAGCCGAAGGCCCCAAAGCCACCACCGUUUAUCGGAGGCAUUCCACCGGGCUAUGGGGGUUCUGAUACACCGCCAUCGCCUCCGAUGCCCAAAGGAGCGCCGCCACCGCUUCCGCCGGGUGCUAUAUCGAUGCUCGACGUUAUAUCAGGAAAGGUGGAUGCUACAGCGUUGUCCAACGGCGCUCAGGGUUAUAUGCAGGAGGAAGUCGUGCCUUAUGCCGUCGCUCUAUACAACUUCGACGGCGUUGAGGAAGGGGAUCUGAGCUUUAGGGAGAACGAAAAAAUAUAUCUGCUGGACCAGCCGGCGGAGGAAUGGUUGCGAGGUCGUUUGCGUUCAGGCUGCGAAGGCAUCUUUCCGGCCAACUACGUGGAAGUUAUAGUGCCAUUGGGGUCAGUGGGUCAUCAAAGUUCUGCAAGUUCAGCCAUUGCGGGAGCUGCUGCACCCGCUGCUAUCACCUCGCAGCCUCAACAGGCGCUUAUGCCCACCGCCUAUUGUUUGUACAACUUCCCCGGCGAGGUCGAAGGAGAUCUAGCAUUAAGGGAGAAUGAAUUGGUAACACUGCUUUACAAAAUAAACGACGAAUGGCUGUUCGGCGAGGUGGACGGACGUCAAGGGCAGUUUCCGGCCAACUUCCUGGACCAAGUGCCCGAGAACCUACCCACACUCUAACCAAAACCACUCGAAGCCGGAUGUCCUUAGUGAAGUAUGGAACACACUACGAGCCAUGUCGAUAAGUGAUGGAAAGUCGUCAAGCGAACUGAAUCAUAUACACGCAUAAUAUUAUAUAAUUGUAUUUUUGCUAUAUCUUGUGCGAAAAAAUAUUUCAAUACGAACCUAGUCUAGGAUAACUAAUAUGUAAGACAACCAAAAGAUGUUUUAUUGGAACCAAUCGAUGCAUAUUGUCUUCUCCUCCCUAUCCCAGCCUGCACAAGGGAGCGAUUCACUGAUUUUAUGUUUAUACCGUAAAAUAUUUGUUUUUCUUUCUAAAAGAUCUGAUGUAUUCAUGUAUUCUUCGAUUGUUUGCUGAUAAAGUCCCUCAAGUAUUUACCCCGCCAGCUUACCCGUAUACAGAAUGAUGGCAUAAAUUGUAUAUAAGAUAGUUUCUACGUGAUUUAUAUUAAUGAUUAUUUAAAUCGAGUUUAAUUAGCUGCAUAGUUAGGGACAUGUUAUGCCUAGUUUACAAUUCCAAUUUAAGGAGCAGCAUGUCUAAUUGUAUGAAUUAUUUGUUCAAGUGCUCGAGUGAUUUGUGGUAGGACCUAUUUGUCGACAGAAGAGUGCUGACCACACAAUCAGUAGGAACAUACUAUCAAAUAUAAAAAUAUCCUAGUAUCAAAGGAGAAUAACUGAAAUAAAUGAUGAUAAUAAAUGAAAA